AGAAUCAGGGAAUCUCAUAUCCCUCCGUCCCCCUGUGUCCAUUUUAUAGAUGAGGAAACUGAGACCCAGAGGCUGGCUCGCCCAGAGGAUCCCCUCGAUCGCCCUGGGGCCUGUGAUGGGCAUGUGCUGGGUACAGGGCAAUCUUGGGGAGGGCCAUGCGGAUGGUGGCUGCUCACACUCAGACAGAAGGCGCCGAAUCAGAUGUCACUGGGUGUUAUCGACUGGAUCGGCAGUGCACCAGCUCUGUGACUGGAUUGUUUUGAUGGGGGCAGGGGGAGCCAAGAGUCUGUCCUCUUUGGAAAGGCAGAGGGAUACCUCGCCUUACAAAAAGGCUGAAAGCUCAGGUGCUCCUGCCUGAUCUGCCACUUCUGAGCUGGGGACACCUGGGUACUCUAUCGGUUUAAGGGGGUGACACGUCAAGCUACCUCCCACCCAGGGCUGCUGGGGACUCAGAUAAGAAGCCCUGCUGAAUCAACUGAGAAGAGACCUGCGGAGCAAUCACCAUGAGUAUCUCAGCUCUUGGAGGCAGCACCAAAGGGAAGCCUCUGCCAUCAGGUGAGGAGGAGCGCAAUAACGUCCUCAAGCAGAUGAAAGUGCGAACCACGCUGAAGGGGGACAAGAGCUGGAUCACCAAGCAGGAUGAAUCGGAGGGUCGCACCAUAGAGCUGCCCUCAGGUCGGAGUCGUGCCACAUCCUUUUCAUCAGCUGGGGAGGUUCCGAAGCCCAGGCCUCCGAGCACAAGGGCUCCGACUGGCUACAUCAUCCGGGGAGUGUUCACCAAGCCCAUAGACAGCUCUUCCCAGCCCCAGCAGCAGUUCCCCAAGGCCAACGGGACUCCAAAAAGUGCUGCCAGUCUGGUGAGAACAGCUAACACUGGUCCUCCCCGCCCCUCCUCCUCUGGCUACAAGAUGACCACUGAGGAUUACAAGAAGCUGGCACCCUACAAUGUCAGGCGCAGCUCUACAUCAGGGGACACCGAGGAGGAGGAGGAGGUGCCUUUCUCCUCAGAUGAACAGAAGCGGAGGUCAGAGGCUGCAAGCAGUGUUCUGAGGAGAACAGCUCCCCGGGAGCACUCCUACGUCCUGUCGGCAGUCAAGAAGAGCACUGGCAGUCCUACCCAGGAGACACAGGCGCCGUUUAUUGCGAAGAGGGUGGAGGUGGUGGAAGAGGACGGGCCUUCUGAGAAGAGCCAGGACCCAUCUGCUCUGGCAAGAUCCACUCCCGGCCCAAACAGGUCUUCCCCAGGCCACAAAGACAAGGAGGCCCCCUGCUCCAGAGAGCUCCAGAGGGACUUGGCUGGCGAGGAGACUUUCAGGGGCCCCAACACAGACGCUGCAAGGUCAAGUGAACAGUUGAGUGAUGGCAACGUGGGAUCCGGAGCCACGGGCUCCUGGCCUGAAGGCUUGGCUGCAGUAGACAUCGGCUCUGAGAGAGGAAGCUCCAGUGCCACUUCAGUCUCUGAUGUCCCUGCUGAUAGGAAGAGCGACAGCACAGCAGCCCGGGAGGAUGCAAAGGCAGACCCAAAGAGGGCCUUGGCGGAUUAUGAGGGGAAGAAUGUGGCCACCAAGGUCAGAGAGGCCUGGCAGGAGAGGCCUGGAGCCCCAGGAGGUGCCCAAGGAGACCCAGCUGUACCCACUCAGCAACCUGCAGAUCCCAGCACCCCAGAGCGGCAGAACAGCCCCAGCGGAUCUGAGCAACUUGUCAGACGAGAGAGCUGUGGCAGCAGCAUGUUGGCUGAUUCUGAGGGGAAGAAUGUGGCCACCAAGGUCGGAGAGGCCUGGCAGGACAGGCCUGGAGCCCCAAGAGGUGACCAAGGAGACCCAGCUGUACCCACUCAGCAACCUGCAGAUCCCAGCACCCCAGAGCAGCAGAACAGCACCAGUGGAUCUGAGCAGUUUGUUGGACGAGAGAGCUGUGGCAGCAGGGUGAGGAGCCCCUCGAGCUGCAUGGUCACCGUUACUGUCACUGCCACUUCUGAGCAGCCUCACAUUUAUAUUCCAGCCCCCACAAGUGAAUUGGACUCCAGCUCUACCACCAAAGGGAUUCUCUUCGUGAAGGAGUACGUGAAUGCUAGUGAAGUGUCUUCUGGGAAGCCAGCAUCUGCACGCUAUAGCAGUGUCAGCAGCAUUGAGGACUCAUUCGCCAUGGAGAAGAAGCCUCCAUGCGGCAGCACUCCAUACUCUGAGAGGACAACUGGAGGGAUCUGUACUUACUGCAACCAUGAGAUCCGAGACUGUCCAAAGAUUACCCUAGAACAUCUUGGCAUCUGCUGCCAUGAAUAUUGCUUUAAGAAUGUUAGGCAGUCUUCUCUCCUCCCCAGAGGGCCUGAACUUUGCUUGCUCCUGGCUAAUGUGGGAUUUGCAGUAAACCGAUGGGCGAUCUCCUGGAUCAGAUCUUCAUUCACCGUGACACCAUUCACUGUGGGAAAUGCUAUGAGAAGCUCUUCUAGCCCCCCCCCGAUCCCUGGGCUGAUCAGAAGCUGAUGACUCUGGACAAGUUUGGCUGUCCCCAGUUUUGCCCCAAGUUGCUGUCUCCCCUUCCCUCACCUCCUCCCACCCUGUUUGAUUUCUUCAUGCUUUUGCCCUUCUUAAGUUGAAGUUGCAUACAUCCAAUAUCGUAUCUUAAUGAUGCUAUGGUAAUUGCUUGUGUGUAUAGCUUCUCAUAGCUUAGAAAGCACUUUACAUCCAUGAUCUCAUUUCAGGCUCAACCAAACAGGAUCAAACAAGAAUUCCAUCUUGGCUUCCCUAAGACAGAUUAGCUUUCUAAUGAGUUUAGGUGGGUGGAAGUGUAGGGUUCAGUGUGUCCUGACUCCCUUCAGGCUUAUGAUGGGCCAAGUUGAAGACUGUUGAUGAUCCCUGAUGGGUAAAUUGCAGACUUUGAAUGCUAGGGAUUGGUAUAGGCUAGUGUUUAGCUUGUCUAUUUGCCAUAUCUAUUUUUUUUAAAAUUUCCAUACACUUGUAAAAGUAGUUAGUUGCUUUUGAUUGACUUAUAUAGCAGUUUUUCAUUUUGUCUUCCACCUACCUUUCACUAUAUUUGAGUGUUCCCUUACAGGUAUGUUGGCAUGUGUUGGAAAAUUUACACAAUUAGGUUUAAAUUCAGUAGGAUAUGAUUUUAGGAUGCUACUGAUCAAAGUGAUAUCUGUGUCUGUUGGAAUCUUGAUAGUUGAUUAAUUUGCCCUCAAUUCUGCUCCCUGAACUUUACACAUAAAUCUUCCCAAGUGGGUGUUAGGGUGUGUAGAUCCCAGCAGGAUUAAGGAGGGGGAAAAGCAACUAACAUUUCUUGAGCCUGUACCGCAUACCAGGCACUGUCACAAAGUGAUGGCAUUAAUCCCCAUGAUAAUCCUGUGAAGGCGAUAUUCUCAUCCCAUCUUAGAGAUGAGGAUAUUGGAACUCGGAGAGGUGGCCAUUGCAUUGUGCAGAACUCUACAGAGCCUGUGCUCUUCCCAGAGCAGCAGCCACAAAAGCAAGCAUUGAUUUUGUGCUCAGUGUGUGCCAAGCACUGUGCAGAGGGUACAUAGUUCCUGCCAGGUUAACACCCUCCCUUCAGGCCUCCUGAAGACAUAGGCUUGCAAAGAGCAGAAGGUGUGAAAUCAUACUCUUCCUCUGGGCAUCCUGGAUCCCUGAAUUAUCCCCACCUCUCAAGAAGUACUUCAAGGGUCAAGCUGCCCCUUUCCCUCCCCUCCACCCAUGAAAAUGCCUCCAAACUGAGAUGCUUUCAGCUGAGAACAGAUUUGACUCAUAGACAUUACCAAAGAGGAGCUUGUGAAUCCAGGAAAAGCUCCAGGGGGCUAGCUUAUCUGAGCAGAGAGCUUUCAGUGACCCAUUUUCCUGUCUAGACUCUGCCUCAAGCUAGUGGCAACUGCUGGGGCCCCAGGUACUUGGGACAUGGAAACUCGUUGGAUGGCUGGGCAGAUGCAAGCCUGUUCAUGCAGUCAGCCAACCCUCUGCUCAGGUUCAGCUGGACUCUACCAUCUGUGGGCCCAGCAUCACUCUGUAAGUUCCUUGAAAGGAAGAACAACCUUAGAGUAUUUCUGAUAUAAAAUGAGGGCCUGUUUUCUUGAUUUAAUUAUAAAAUGUCUACGUCUUUCUCCAGUUUCUAAGCCUUAUGCACAUUGGCUUGUGGACUUGUUCUUCCUGCCAAAUGAUCAGAGAGAAACAUUCCAUUUAUUUGUAUCAGAUUUCCUCUGGAGGGCGUGUACCCACACUAAAUAGCAACUGCUCUUCCUCAACUGUAGUCCCCAACAUCAGACUUGGCACGUGGUGGACACUAACACACAGUUACUAAAUGAAUGAGUGAAGGGAAGAAAAGUCACCCCGUCGGUGAGAGGUGCUAUCCCUGAGUCUCAGUGCAGGCCCAGUGGAUGAAAGGCAAGAUAAAGAGGCCCAAGAUAGGCUGGCUUCCCCCAUUCAAGGUAUAGUCUGCCUUUAAGGGAGUUUUAGAACCAACAUGCAAGAUAUGCAAAGAAAUCUUGCAAGAGCAUUAUUGACUUAGACCCAAAACAGCCUCUCUCAUGUCUAAAAAGGCACAGCAUUUUGCAAAUCUGAGGAAGAGGGAUGGUUACAUUACAUUUUUGCUUCUUUUUAAUUGCUUAGUGUUUCUAAUCAUACUUAAUCCGUAUUAAUGUGCACAAUUAUAAUAAAUGGUAAGAUAUUACAUG